GCUUUAGUGGCAGGCUCGCUCGAGCUCGGCUCAUUGACAGCCCUGGGCUCAGCCGCUCCCCGCUCAGGGCCUCAGGUUCAUCUCCCUCUGUUUCUUAAACCUUUCCCUUCUUUCGGACUCUCUCCUCCCCUGCUCUUCUUCCCUGGCGGCGACGACUGGGCGAGCGGCGGCGCCAUUUGUCCUGUCUUCGCCCAGCCCUUUGCCGGCGACGAGCGCAUCCUCCAGUGCUGUGAGCAAACACUUAAAUCCUGAGCAGUUAUCACAACAUUUCUUCAUUCCCAUGAAAUGUCACUGCUUAGUAGAUUCUUCUACAAGAGGCCUCCUGAUGGACUACUGGAGUUUAUUGACAGGAUCUAUGUUUUUGAUUCAUGCUUCAGCACUGAAGUUUUGCCUCAGGGAAUGUAUCCAGUCUAUUUAAAUGAGAUUCUUACGGAGUUGCAUGAGGAACAUGUAGAAUCCUCAUUCCUGGCGAUUAAUUUUAGAGAUGGAGAUAAGAGAAGCCAGUUUGCUGAUAUACUGCGUGAAUAUAACAUUCCAGUCAUUGAUUACCCACGUCAUUUUGAAGGCUGCCCUGUGCUUCCUUUAUCUCUUAUUCAGCAUUUCCUUCGUGUCUGUGAGCACUGGUUAUCUAGUGGGAACAAUAAGAACAUUAUAUUACUCCAUUGCGAAAGAGGGACCUGGCCAUUGUUGGCUUUUUUGUUAUCUUGUCUUCUCAUAUACAAGAAAUUGCACGGCGCUGAGCAUAAAACUCUGGACAUUAUUUACCGUGAGGCACCUAAAGGAUUCCUACAACUAUUUUCCGCACUCAAUCCAAUGCCAUCUCAGCUCCGUUACAUGCAGUAUGUAGCCAGAAGAAAUAUAUCUCCAGAGUGGCCUCCAAUGGAAAGAGCACUCUCUUUGGAUUGCCUGAUUCUUCGAGCCAUUCCAAGUUUUGAUUCUGAUAAUGGAUGCAGGCCAUUAGUCCGCAUUUUUGGGCAAAAUCUUCUUGGCAAGAAUGGUAGCAUGGCUAACAUGAUUUUUUCCAUGCCAAAGAAGAAAUCUCUGCGGCACUAUCGGCAGGAGGAUUGUGAUGUGAUAAAAAUUGAUAUACAGUGUCUAGUCCAGGGAGAUAUUGUUCUGGAGUGUGUACAUCUCGAUCUUGAUCCAGAGAAGGAAGUUAUGAUGUUCCGGAUAGUGUUCAAUACUGCUUUUAUACGUUCAAAUGUAUUGAUGCUGAAUAGCGAUGAUGUGGAUAUACUGUGGGGUUCAAAAGAGCGGUACCCAAGGAAUUUUAGAGCAGAGGUGCUGUUUUGUGAAAUUGGGGGCAUGUCUCCCACAAGAGCUCCAACAGCAACGCUGAACGGUGAUAUGAAGGGUGGUUUACCAAUUGAAGCCUUUUCAGCUGUUCAAGAACUCUUCAAUGGAGUUGACUGGAUUGAAAGCAGUGAUGAUGCUGCCUAUUGGUUGCUCAAAGAAUUCUCAGCAAACUCGCUGCAAGAGAAAUUUCAAAAGCUUAUACUAAAUGACAUGAAAGAACUAUCAAAAAUGCAAGCUAAAGUUGGUCUCCAGAUGCCACUGAUGUCUCCACUUGAUUCUGAUGAAGAAAAAUAUUCUGUGGCUUCUGAUUCUGUUUGUUCAGCUGAUCAUGAGAAGGUUCAGCAUGGUGGAAACUCAUCUGACUCAGAGAACAUUGAUCGCGAUCUUACUACUGAAGAUUCUGAAUCCAGUGCUACUCUCUCAAUGAACAGCUCAUCCCCGCCUCUCCAGUCUCAACCACCUCCGCCUCCUCAUGGGGUACCUUCUAGCCUUAUGGAUUCAUCUGUGCGGGCAACUGGGCCAAGUGGACCCCUAACAAAACCUCUGCAGGAGCUACCAAGUAACAGGCUACCAUCUGCAUCACCCGCUCCUCCUCCUCCUCCACCACCACCACCACAAAGUGGUAGGAAACCUGCUUCACCGCCACCGCCGCCGCCACCACCACCACCACCACCACCAAGUGGAAGUAAACAUGGUUUCUCAUCACCACCGCCUCCACCGCCGCCGCCACCACCUCAGAUUAGCAGUGUAGGUCCUCCGCAGCCGCCUCCACCUCCACCACCACCACCGAGUGGAAGCAAACAUAUUCUGUCACCGCCGCCACCACCUCCACCGCCACCUCCUCGAGUUAGCAGUGUGGCUCCUUCACAGCCUCCGCCUCCGCCUCCGCCACCGCCGCCGCCGCCACUGCCAAAUUCUGGGGCAGCAAAACAGCAAAAUGUUUGUGCAGCUCGACCACCACCUCCACCACCACCGCCACCACCGGCUCAGGGAAUGGCUAAUAAAGGCCCUCCACCGCCACCUCCUCCCCCUCCCUCUUCUAGAAAAGCAUCUACAACUUCUGCUUCUACUUCAAAAGGACCACCUCCUCCACCUCCACCUCCACCUUCAACUUCAUCAAGAACUGCUGGCCCUGCUGUUCCAUCCCCACCCCCACCCCCGCCACUGCCUGGUGCUAAUAAAAAAACUCCUCCAGCCCCACUGCCACCUCCUCUGAUGACAGGAAAGAAAGCCCCUGCACCCCCGCCCCCACCACCUCAAGCACCAAAACCUCCUGGAACUGUACCUCCUCCACCCCCAAGCACAAAGAUAUCAAAUGCCACAGCGCCACCGCCUCCAUUAUUGGGAAGGGGACGUGGCAACACAACUGGAUCAACUAAAGGCCGUGGCAUUGGAUUGGCACAGCAAAGUAACCCACCCAAAAAGGCUUCACUAAAGCCUUUGCAUUGGGUGAAAGUUACUAGAGCAAUGCAAGGAAGUCUCUGGGCUGAUGCCCAGAAACAAGGGAAUCAGGCUAGCGCUCCUGAUAUCGACUUAUCCGAGCUGGAGAGCUUGUUCUCCACUGCAAGUGUAACCAACAUAAGUGAAAAGGGGGCGACAAGACGUGGUUCAGCUAUUAGCAAGCCGGAAAUUGUUCACCUGGUUGACAUGCGGCGAGCAAACAAUUGCGAGAUAAUGCUUACUAAAAUUAAAAUGCCUCUGCCUGAUAUGAUAAGUGCAAUAAUGGCUUUGGAUACUUCUGUUCUUGAUAAUGACCAAGUGGAAAAUCUCAUUAAAUUUUGCCCUACAAAGGAAGAGAUUGAGAUGUUAAAGGGUUAUAGUGGCAACAAAGAAAUGCUUGGGAAAUGCGAACAGUUCUUCCUGGAGCUAAUGAAAGUUCCACGUGUGGAAGCCAAGCUAAGAGUUUUUGCUUUUAGAAUUACCUUCUCAACACAGGUAGAUGAUCUAAGAACUAACCUAACCACCAUAAACGAUGCAACAAAGGAGGUCAAAGAGUCUUUGAAGUUAAGGCAGAUAAUGCAGACAAUUCUCACGUUAGGAAAUGCGUUGAAUCAAGGGACAGCACGAGGAUCUGCUGUUGGCUUCAGAUUAGACAGCCUUCUUAAACUGUCGGAUACUCGAGCUAGAAAUAAUAAGAUGACGCUGAUGCAUUAUUUAUGCAAGCUUCUUGCUGAGAAAAUGCCUGAACUUCUUGAUUUUGACAAAGACCUAAUUCAUUUGGAAGCAGCUUCUAAGAUCCAACUGAAGUUGCUUGCGGAAGAAAUGCAAGCGAUAAACAAAGGUCUUGAGAAAGUGGAACAGGAGUUAGCUGCUUCAGAAAAUGAUGGUGCAAUUUCAAUUGGCUUUCGAAAGGCAUUGAAAAGCUUUCUUGAUGCAGCAGAAGCUGAGGUUAGGUCCCUCAUUUCCUUGUAUGCUGAAGUGGGAAGAAAUGCUGAUUCCCUAGCUCAGUAUUUUGGUGAGGAUCCUGCACGCUGCCCUUUCGAGCAAGUGACAUCAAUUUUGGUUAUUUUUGUGAAUAUGUUCAAAAAAUCACGUGAUGAAAAUGCUCGAAAUGCUGAGGCUGAGAAAAAGAAACUGGAAAAGGAAAAGGAAAAGGCAACUGUGUCUGCUAAAUAAGGCUAGGAAUGAGACUACUGCUAUGCCAAAGUUCCAUCUGUGAAGCUGGACUGUUAAUUUGCAGCACUGCAGGACCUGCUUCAAAAUAUUCAGUAUGUGAGAGGUUGUCAGGAAUCUCGCUAUCUGGUUGCCAUACAUUAAAUGGUUGCCUUUGCGAAUGCCAAGAUUUUGGAGCUCUCUGUGCUUACCCCCUGUAGGGAUCUAUGGACACCAGAUGACUGAACAAACGUACGGACACCACGGCUGCUGUAAUUUUUGUGUGUAAAUAUAGCAGAGUAUAGCUUCUUACUUGUACAUAAAAUUAGCCUGAGGCCCCUCGCGGGAAUGAAGCAGACAAAACUAGUGUUCUUUUAUUUUUUAUUUUUUUUCUUAGAACAAAUACUAGUGUUGUACAACGUUACUGCAUUACCAAGGAACAAACAAACCAGAGACAUUUUAGUUCAAAUCCUUUGCAUUUGCGUGCAGU